UUUAGCAAUCGGCCUCCAAGGUGCGCGAGAGCAUACUUCGUUUACUAUCGCAUUUAUCGCUAACUUCAGUGGCAUACAAGUUUAUAUGGAAUAUUUGUACGUUCAGUGAUCAUGUGAAUACCCUGACAACGAUAUUUUCAAGUAAUCAUUAUAAGUUAAACUAAAAAUGGCUUCAGAAAUGCUGUACAGUAACACAACAGUAGAGAAUGGAUUCUCAGAAAUGGUCAAAGGUCAUAUAAAGGGCCUAGGGCGAAUGUUCUACAUACAUUCUCCUGAAGAAACAUUGUACGAAAAGGCAGAAGAUGUGCCAAAUUUCUUUAGACAGUCAUAUCCAUACUUCAUAUUAUUUAUGAUAAUAGAACACAUAGUGCUAAGAUUAAAGGGGAAAAGAGGCAUCCGGCUCAAUGAUGGAAUGACCAGCAUAUCUCAUGGAAUAUUUCAGGAGUGUGGAAGAUUGGUAUGGCGUGGAGCGGAGUCGUAUCUUUACAUGUGGAUCUAUAGUAACUACAGACUGAUAGAUUUGCCGUGGGAUAACACGCUCACGUGGUACAUGGCUGCACUAGGAGUUGACUUCUGUUACUAUUGGAUGCACAGAGCCUGCCAUGAGGUACACAUCCUUUGGGCUCAACACCAAGUACACCAUACGUCGGAAGAUUUCAACAUGGGAGUUGGAAUUAGACAAUCUGUUCUGCAGGGAUGGUGUGGCUUUGUUUUCUACUUGCCGUUAGCCCUCGCAAUACCGCCGGCACAGUUUGUGAUGCAUCAUCAGUUCAGCUACCUGUAUAUGUUCUGGAUCCACACCGAGGCAAUCAAAAGCCUUGGACCUUUGGAGUAUGUUCUCAACACUCCGAGCCACCAUCGUGUGCAUCAUGGCAGCAACAAGUAUUGCUUAGAUGUGAACUAUGGUGGUGUGCUCAUCAUUUGGGACAGACUAUUUGGAACAUUCCGGCCUGAAACAGAUAAAGUGGAAAUCAUCUACGGCCUUAUCUACAAUCAACCAUCCUUCAACCCAUUAUACUUACAGGUAUUCUAUACUCGUUAUGUUAUCGAGAAAUUCCGUCGAUUUGAGGAUUGGGGUAACAAAAUAAAGGCAGUUGUUUGGGGACCAAGUUGGGAGCCUGGUACUGACAGACUUGGAGAUGAGCAGUUGAAAGAAGAUAUUCAACAAAGGGAUAAAUAUGACGUCAUUCUACCAGCUUGGUGUAGUGUCUACAUAGUUUUACACUACGCUGUUGUUUUAUAUGGAUUCUUUGAACUUGCGUCUAGAUAUAUGGGAAUGACUCCAAUAUCCGUUCUUAUCUUCGUAGUCUACAUUAUGGCAUCACUCACCAUAAUUGGAAUGCUAUUAGAUAAUUCUAAAUACGCGCCUCUAUUGGAAGUCCUGCGAUGUUCCGUGCUGGCAUUCCUGACAAGAAACGUGACCUCACCAACACCCGCCACGACAGCUCUUCAAAUAUUCUACGUAGCAUCAGCUAUGUUUUGGUGUCUGAAUACCAUGAAACUCUUGGAGAUUAAGAGAGCCAAAUUAGAGUAGACUUAUUAAAUAAUUCUCUUUGUUGAAGCUUUUAGUCAAAGAGGAUGUAAAUUUAAAAGCCUGUAAAAUUUAAAUUUGGUUUCGUAUAAAACGUGCAGUGAUUUGACAUAAGCUUGAGUUAUAGUAAUAGAGCAAGAGCCCGUGGACCCCAGACCUACGUCAUUUUAUAAAAGCUGAAAGUUUGUCAGCGCAUGCUCCCAACACAGGUAAGAACGAUGAUGCAUUAUGGAGUUUGGGUUUCAGUUGGUUUGCUUUCGCAGGUAAACGGUACUAAAGGUGUGUAAAAUACCGAUCUAAAUACAUCAAAGAAUAAAGUGAUAUUUUUCGGUAUUAACUUACAGAAGACCAGACAGAAUAAAUUAAAAAUUGUAGGUACUUGUAGCAUCGAAUGUCUUUUCUUAGAAUGUUUUCAAAAUUUACAUAGACUAUCAAUUAUAUAAGUCUGCGCCAAAAAGUUUAUUUGUAUAAGUCAUUCUAAUCACGAAUCUCUUCUUACGAUUUACAAUGUUUGUCUGGAGAGGGGUUGGAACUAUCAAAAGUGUCUGGCUAAUGAGGAAACAUCAUCUACUUAUUACCUAAGUAUUAUAUAUAAAAAUCAGCUUUUAUACUAUGACGUAAGUAAAAUUAAAAUUUCGUGACCAUUAUGGGUGUCUGGCAAGGGGUUGCCACGAUGGUAAGUGUCUGGCAAUGAAUAACGUGAUUUUUAAUAAUAUUCUGAAGGUAAUACCGAAAAAUCGCACUUUAUUCUUUGAUGUAUUUAGAACGGUAUUUUACACACCUUUAGUACCGUUUACCUGCCAAAGCCACUGCAACCCAAACUCCAUAAUGGACUGUCUGACUGACUGGAUAUCUUUCCUACCUGUGUUGGGAGCAUGCGCUAACAAACUUUCAGCUUUUAUAAAAUGACGUAGGUCUGGGAUCCACGGGCUCUUAGACCAUAAUUACAGUAUCGCGAUUGCUGACGCAGUGUAAUCCAGCUAAGUUUGAAAGCGAACAGUUGCUUAUAACAAAGUAGAUAUGUCCUUUUUUUUACAAGAUUAUUGCUGUCAUCUGUCAAUCUGUAAAUGACUGCACGUUUCACACAAUAGAGUGAAUUGCUUUUUUCUUAGAGAGUUUCGCUAGGCUGCUCUAAGUUUGUUAAAAAUCAAUUGUUUGUCUGUAAAUUCGGUUUACAUGCAAUAAUUUUACAUGAUAACGUCAUAAGAAAAUAUCUUUUUAUACUAUCGUUAAUAUGAUCCAUAAUAAUUUAUUAGUCAAAGUUUUAAUAUGACUUAUUAUGCAUUACACCAAUAAAAUCUGAAAACAAAAUUUUAUGAACGAUGCGGGGCUCGAACCCACAUCCUCUGGCGUUCCGUGCCAGUGCUCUUCCAACUGAGCUAACCGUUCAAGGUUUUUUUUUCAAAUUUUAUUUGUGAAUUAAUCCUAGAAGUGAGGCUUAUCACUUUAAAAAACAUAACAAACUAUUAUGCAUUUUUUUUUUAUUAUCAAAGAACAAGAUGCGAAAGCCGAACGCUUGAGCCGUUCGGGCCUCUCUAUCGCUUGUUCGGCUCUGUCGCUCACACGAUCAUGUGGAACGUGACAUUUUUUGUGCAUGCAGCGGGCGUUCAUCAUUUAUUAGACAUUAUCACGUUAAAAAUGUUAAAUUAAUUGUGUUUUUAAACCCAAAAACAUUCAAGCUAUAAAAUACGUAAAUCCAUCCUUGCUUUGUGUUAUAAAUAAGCUUUUUAAGUCUUUUCUUUUCAGUGCCUUUGAGCAUAACUAUUAUUCCUUCAUAACAUAAAUAACAUAGUUGGUAAAUAUGGCUAGAAGACUGAAUUAUUAAUCGUAGUGUAUCAAUUGUGAAAAUAUAUUCUUAUUCUUCUGUUAAAAUCUUAAUAAAUUGUGAAUUAUCCAUUUAUAACAAUGACGUUCUAUGGGACGUCAUUGAUUUAUAACAUCUAUUAUGUAUGUCUUUUAAACAUAAUAAUAAUAGUUUUAACUCUUUUUCAAAAUUUCUUUAUUAUUGGCACGGACGAGUAAAAAAAGAAGGACUCCGCGCCGUGAUAUUAGCAAGUGAAGCACCGUUAUGCUAGUGUGUGUGCGGUUACGGGGGAUACUAGUUACAUAUUUUUUUCUCCCUUAAAUAAUCAUACAUCGCCACAUAUCGUUUUUACACUUUCUCACAAUGCACGACGGCAGUUUUAAAAUAUUUUAUUGAGACGCAAACUGAUCUGUGUCAGACGAUGACAAUUCUCAUAAUGGCCGCCUAUCGGCCUGUAGUAUUGUAAGUGUGCGCGUGGGGCUAUGUAUUUACACGUUAAUCGCCUUGUUUUGGUGCUACACUGUUAUAUAAGGUGACACGGAGUCCUUAUUUUUUUAAUAGUCCGUGAUGUAAUUUUUAUUAAAAUUUCGAUGUUAUAUAAAACUAUUUUUGAUAAUAUAAAAAUAAGUUCAUAUAAGGCUAUAAUUUUAAGUAAUAAAAUGAGAAACUUGAUCAUGUUCAAAUUUUAUAUUUAUAACUAUAUUUUUCAUGAUUUUUAAUUGCAUACUUAAUGGGAACAAAAUAUUUCCUAUGUGCCAAAUAAAUACAUAACUUAUAUAAUUAGAAAUGAUUAAAUGUUAAUAUUAUGACAUUAUUUUAAGGCUACUACUUAAUGUAUUAUGUAAUGAAAUAUCUUUUUAAUGUUCAUUAAAUUAUAUUUUUUUUAAAUAACAGUUUUAAAUAGUUGUAUAACACUAGCGUGCGCAGUGCCAAACAAUAAUAGAAACUUAGAUCAUUUAUAUAUGACUAAAUAGACUUUGACAGCUGUGAAAACGUCGAAAAAAAUUGAAUUUAAAAAAUACCUCUAUUUUGAGAAAUUCACGCACAGUAACACAAAGUGUCAUAUAAUUCGCGAGUGUAAGACGUAACUUGUCACGCACACUUAACUAAUAUUCCUGGCUUGUUUUUAUCGGUUUUCAAACAGCAAGAGUCUAUCUAGACGUGUUAGUUAUCUUAGAUUACAAAUUAAACUAAGAGAUACACAAAAGACCUGUUAUUAUUAUGAAGUAGGUACUUAUAGACUUAAUGAUGAAGUUAUUGUAACAUUAUGAUUACUGACAUAGUACAUAUCACCUUAUCAGUUAUUGUGCAUAAAUAUAAAAUAUUUUGAUUA